AUGGGUGAUCUAUUACAUAGUGAUAAUAAAGGUGUCCCUCUCACAUCCUAAAAUGAUGACGACAGCUUGAAUUUUUUCCAGAAAAUGUUUAAAGGAUCCAUUCAAUAUGAAUAUGACACUAGGAUUGACGAAUACAACUGGAUUGCAAUAUUCUUAGUGUAGUUUGUUGCAUACUUUGUCGCUCAAGCCCUUGUAAGAAAGUUGGUUCCCCCUCCAGGUGAUGUUAAGGUUUUCCUUGAAAAGAAGAGGAUGAAGGAUUACCAUUCUUACUAUUUCCAAUAUACUUCAUUCAUUCAUGCAAUGAUCGGAAUAAUCUUAGGUAACACUCCAUACUUCUCAUUACAUUUGCUUGCAGUAGAAAUUCCUUUGGAGGAUUCGAAUACGUUAGUAAGUUUACUCAUUGGUUUUCAAACUUUAGUGUGCCAUUUGCUAGCCGAAGUUUCAAACCCAUUCCUUCAGAUCAGAACAGCAUUGAGAAUAGUUAAGAAAUCCGAUACAUGGUACUACAAACUAAAUGACAAGAUAUUCGCAGUUGUCUUCAUUCUUGCAAGAUUGAUUGUUUCCCCUAUUUUACUUUUCUACACAUUCGAGGGUGACAACACUACUACCUUCCUCAAGCUAGGCUUCGCUUCAGUGACAUUUAUCUAAUUUUUCUGGGGAAUGAAAAUUCUAUACAAUAUUGGAGUAAUGGUAAAAGAGCACUUUGACGAGCUAGAAUCUAAAGAGAAAGAAUCAAGGCCAUUAUGGGCAAAGGUAUUCCACGAUGUUUUCUACGCCAUAGACAAAAACAAGCAAGUCAGGUUGAUAUUUAGUAUAGUCAACUUCGCAACAUUUGUUUUUAUCCCAGUUUCUUACUACGGCUUUGUGAGAGGAAAUUUAUUCAAAAGUUUCCUCUGA